CUAACGAUUUUAAUGAUGAAUAUAAGAAAAGUUUUUUUGAAUUAUCUAAGAGAUGAUCAGAUAUCUCUUGUAUUAUUUAAUAGUCAAUUUACUUCAAAUUAUUUAGAAUUUAAUAAUGUUGAAAUUGCAAGAGCUUUUGAUGUUCCUGAUUUGUAUUUCUUAAAGAAUAUAAUGAACUUAAAAGUCAAUUCAGAGAUUUCUGAUACUCAUAAUGGAUAUUUUUUAGAUGCAAUAUUAUUAUGCCAGGAUAUGUUAAUAAACUCGUUUCCUAAUAUUUAUAAUGAGAAUGAAGCAAAAAUUAAGAAAUCACCAUGCUAUAAAAACAAAAAUAAUUUCAUUGAUAGAAGGAUUAUCCUCUUUACUAAUUUUAAAGGCAAUAUAUGUGAUGAAGCAUCAUUGAAAAAUCUUAGGAAUAUAUGUGAAACAUUUUAUAAAUCUCACAUAAAGAUGAACAUAGUUGGUCUAAACUUAAAUAACUUUGAGUUUAAUGCAAAAUUGAAAAAUUUAAGUUUAAAUAUAUUCCAAAACAAGCCCUUACUAAAAAUAAAGAUCUCUAACAACUCGGAAAUUAAAACAGAUCAUAAAUUAGACAUUUUUGAACAUAAUUUAGCUAUAAUCCAAUUGCUUAAAAAAGAAACUAAUCAAUUUAGCAGAAAGUUCUACAAUAUCCAAAUAAAAGAUCAACAAAAUGAAGCACAACCAAUAAUUGAGUCAUAUUCCUUUGACCAAGUUUUCCAGUCAAUUAACUCUAACCAAAUGACAUCUAUAAGGGCUAUCAAAUCAAUGUCCCUUUACAACUCUCUUAAGAUUAAUCAAGAUUUGUUGUCCAUUCCCAUAAGAGGGUUUUACAGAAUUAAAAAUGCUACUUUUCCUAGGACAUGGAAAAAAAUUAUUGAAGAAUCAAAUAUAACUAUGUCCCACAAAGUUUACAAUCAAAUUAAAGAUGAAAGCACAAACAUGAUUUUAGAUGACAAAAAAGUUAUUAAUACAAACAAAAGGAAAUUAAUUAUCUUGAAUGACGAAGACGAAGAAGAAUUUGAGGAUGUUGAUUUGAAAUUCAUGCCUAAUUAUGUAAAAGCUUAUAAAUAUGGCUCGACACUUGUACCAUUUUCUACAGAAGAUGAACUAGCAGCUCAAAAUUUAUCAUCAUUUGGAAAAGAUAACGAAAUAUAUCAUGGAAAAUCAUUGCUCAUAAUUGGAUAUUCAAAAUCUAAAAAUAUUCCAGUUUACAAAUUUUUGGGAGACGGCUGUAUUGAAUUCUUAUGGGACGAAACUAUGUCAUAUACGAAGUCUAAAAAUAGGCUAGGGGAUAAUGAAGACAAGGCAGCUUUUAAAUGCGCAUUUGAAAAUUUAGUUACGGCUAUGUACGAGUCAGAUUUGAUAGCCAUCGCUCGCUACCAGAGUGCUAACAAAAGGGUCGCUUCAAACCAGCCGAAAAUAGUUGCUCUAACUCCUAAAAUCAAAAAUAAUUAUCGAUGCCUCAUAUUGAACAUUUUGCCAUUUUUGGAGGAUAUCAGGCUUUAUAAAUUUCCCAAUUUUAUUGAAACCCACUCAAAAUCUGCUGAUCAUAAAACUUUGGAAAAUUCGAAAGAUAAUCCACAUAAUUUUGAAGUCAUUGAUAGAUUAAUCGAUUCUAUGAAUAUGAUGACUAAAAAAUUAGAUUUGCUACCUUCUGAUGUUGAAUCUGAAAUGAAGGAAAUGCUCAAACCGAAAUACACUCCCAAUCCUUAUUUUAAUAUACUUAUCAAUGCAAUUAGCCAUAGAGCGGUUCAAGAGAUUUCUGAGGAAAAAUAUAAUAGCCCUAAGAUAUUUGAAAGACAAGAUUAUAGAGUAAAUUUCCCAUUUAAUCCUCAUUCACCCCAACUUAAACGCGUAUUUAAAGAUUUAGAGAAAUCUUUUAAGUGGUAAAAGUAAUCGCCGAAUUGCCAAAGAAUUAACUCUAGCUCGACGAACAAUGGAUUAUAUACUUAAAAGAUUACGCAACAAUAAUACAAUAUCGAAAGAGGCCUGGAAGACCCCGCAAAAUGACUUUAAGCGAUGAUAGGAUAUAGCAAGGAUCAAUAAACGCAAUCGACGCCUUGUCGCCUCAGAGAUAGCUGCGGAGAUUAAUCUGACUCGGGAAAACUCGAUAAGUGUCAUAACUGUGAAAAGGUGCCUUAGGAGUUUUGAACUUUAUGAUAGGGUAGCGGUCAAAUAACCACUCUUGAGCAAAAAAAUAAACUCAAGCGAUUAGACUGGGUACGAAAACAUCAAUUUUGGCUGCCAACUGGUACCACGUCUUAUGAAGUGAUGAGUCAAAAUUCUAAAUCUUCUGUUCUUAAAGAAGGCAAUAUAUCCGCCGCUCAGCUGGAGAGCGAACGAACGAUCACUGCAUAAUUCCUACAGUCAAAUUCGGGGGAGGGUCUGUUAUGGUGUGGGGGUGCUUUGGUGCCGGGGCAACCGCCGACAUUGUCAAAAUUAAAGGAAUUCUUAACAAGGGAAACCGGCAAAUCCUCGAGGACCAUGUGAUUUCAUCAGGAAAGCAUUUGAUCUGGAGUAACUUUUUAUUUCAACAAGAUAAAGACCCAAAGCAUAUAUCCAGGCUAUGCAAAGGUUAUUUACAAAAUCUACAACAACACGAUAUUCUCGAGUUGAUGACUUGGCCAUCCCAGUCUCCCAAUCUCAAUCCAAUCGAACUUUUAUGGGAUCACCUUGAUCGAAAAGCGCGAAAAGGCCCUCUAACCUCUCAAUCGCACCUUUGGGAAGUAUUACAGAGAGAAUGGAACAAUAUCACUUCCAAAUAUUUAAAAAAUCUCAUCGAAAGAUUAUUAAAAAUUUGUGCAGCAAUUAUUAAGAAUA